UCCAUUUUCGGUCUCUUUCUCUCUGCGAUGGCGGAGCAGCAAUACCACAGUGUGAUGGACCUCAUCCAUGACAAGGCCCCUUCAACCUCUCAAGUUCUCGCUGUUGUGACCCUCUUCCCAAUUGGUGGGAUCCUCUUGACGCUUUCAGGCAUAACUCUAGCUGGAACAUUGGCUUGUUUAGCAGUUGUUACCCCUCUCUUUGUGCUCUUCAGCCCUGUUUUAGUGCCGGCAGGGAUACUGUUGCUGCUGGCGGUCUCGGGGUUUUUGGCAUCGGGAGCAUUUGGGUUGACGGGGGUUUCAUCGAUCGGUUGGAUUGUGAAGUCGGUGAGAGGGAGGGGAGAUGUUCGUGAGCAGAUGGAGCAUGCAAAGAGGAAGAUGCAUGAGAGUGGGGGGCAUAUGGGGCAGCAAGUUGGGCAGAGGGCUAAGGACGUCGGCCAAGGCAUGCAGAGCAAGGCCGGUGGAGACGGUGGCCGCACCUAGACCCAUAAAGAAACACCCAUCUCUAUCUCUAUCUCUAGUAAACAAUUUCCUCUCCCUCUUUCUUCAUGGACAAUGCCACUCACCCCCACCCCAAUCUCUCGCACACCCAUGCAGACACCUCCCCCCUCUCUCUCCCUCUCUUCGUGCACACAUUUUCAUCUUUGUUGUUUAGUUUUUCUUCCGGCCACCUUAUGUCUUGGUCCACCUUAUGUCUCUCUUUCCUAGCGGUCAUGCAUGGCUUACUGAAUGAAGAGGGGUCACAAACUUCGACUGUCGUUUGGAGAUAUUUUAUGCUUGUAGAUCGCAGUGGUUAAUUAGAGUAUAAUAUAAUAGGCCUGCUUUUGUUCUCACUCAUCACUCUUA